AUGUGGUUAAUACGUCGACGAGGUCACACUGUAUACGGCGAGCCAAACAGUUGUAAUAAAUCGACAGACAUCCAAUAUCAAUAUCGUAGGUAUCUAAAAUUUUUUAUUUUAUUUAUCGUUCUGUUAUGAUUACGUUUUCUGAUAAAGUCUUCGUUUUUAUAAAGUCCUAAUUAUUGUUAAUUUUAUAGGAUUUGUAUUAAUUAUUAUUUUUCAUUUGCGGUAUUGAUCAAGAUGAGUCGUCGCCGAACGCAUGACAGUUAUGAUGAUUUAUACGGUAUGUAUCUAUAAAAUAAAAUAAAUUCAACUAAAGUAAAGUCGGGAUAACACAGUCAAAUAAUUAAUUUAAUGUACAUGCAUGUACAUUUUAGAACUUUUUCUUAACUAUUUGAAGUUUUGACAUAGUUAUGUCAAAUAUCAAUAAAAAAUAUUUGACCUGUGAACCUGAUUUAAAAAUGUAAGCUACCUAUAACAGUACUUCAUUAAUCAAGAAAAAAUUGUCUCUACAAAAUAUAUCCAUACCGGUUUAACAUCCUCUUAAUCUUUUUAUAAUUAUUUCAUUUUAAUUCCUCAGCUAUCAAAUUUGUUUUAUCAAUUUUAUGAUUGAAUAUUAUAUUAUGUAGAUUAUGUAUUUUAAUGCUUAUUAAUUAUAAGUAUUAAUUUUUUUAAAAAUAUAAUAUAAAUAAAUAAUAAUUUGUUUAUUUGAAAUGUUCAGGGCCAGAGAGAGGAUUUAAAAAACGUCGCCGUGGUGGUUCUGAAAGUAACGAUUUAGAAGAUAGAUUAGAAAGUCUUAUUCUCAAAGUCGGGGAAAAGGUAAACAAAUUAAUUAUAUAUUACUGUUCAAAAAAAUCAAAAUCAUGUGUUGACUAAUGUUUCAGAAGUCAACCUAAUUUAACCUAACAUUAUUUAAUUGGUGUUGUAUUUUACCAAUUAUCUAAUAUGUUAACACAUUUUUAAUUACUGCUUUAUUUUUUUUUUUUUAUGUAUAAAUAGACCACUAGCACUUUGGAAAGUAAUUUGGAAGGUUUAGUUAGUGUGCUUGAUAGUGACAUGCCAAACUUUAAGAAGAAGGUUCUCAAAAUAUUGGUGGAUUGUGCAAUAAAUAUGCCAGAAAAAUGUACAAUUUAUUCAACAUUAGUCGGCUUGCUAAAUGCUAAAAAUUAUAAUUUCGGUGGUGAAGUAAGUAAAUUUUAUACAAUCAAAAAAAAAUUAUAACUAUAUUUUAUAUUAGGUGAAAUAUUAAAAAAAAAAAAUUAAGUUCGUAGAAAAUAUCGUUCGUGCUUUCAAAGAUAGCCUAAAAAAUAACUCAUGGAAUGAAGCUAGAGUGGUGUUACGUUUCAUUGGUGAUUUGGUGAACUGUCAUGUUGUGUCAGCCAGUUCUUUUGUACAGUUAAUGAGUAGUUUAUUAGAUGUUGCUAAAGAAGACGGAGUUCCUAAUGUACGCAAAGACUGGUAAUUAUUUGAACAUUGAAAUUAAAAACUAAACUAAUAAUAUUAAGCAAAAUGUUUAUUAAACUAUAACAGGUAUUGUUAUGCUGUCAUGUCAUGUUUACCAUGGGUUGGCAGAGAAUUGUACGAAAAGAGAGAAUCACCUCUUGAAAUGCUAUUAACUACAAUUGAAGUGUAUUUGAAUAAACGUCCCAAAAAGCACAUUAAUAUGUUGCGAAUUUGGUCAACAGAUGUACCUCACCCUCAGGAAGAAUACUUGGAAUGUCUAUGGAAUCAAAUUAAAAAAUUGAAACACGAUAGCUGGACAGAAACUAUUAUUCCUAGACCUUAUUUAACAUUUGAUAACGUUUUGUGCGAAGCUCUCCAACAUAAUCUGCCUGUUAUCGCACCACCACCUCAUCAUAAUGCUUGUGUGUAUCCAAUGCCAUGGGUUGUUUAUCGUAUGUUUGAUUAUACAGAUGUCACUGAUGUGAGUAAAUAAUAUAAUUAAAUUUUUAGUAUAAAUUUUAGUAUUAAUUUUAUAAAACAAUAUAUUAGGGUCACAUUAUGCCUGGUGCUCAUUCUAUUGAAAGAUUUUUAGUGGAAGAACAUUUACAACAGAUAAUUGAUAUGUCAAGCAAAAAUAGAAAAGAAUGGUAAUAACUAAAAGCAAUUUUGAUAUCAUAACACUAGUAUAUAGUAUGAAUGAUUUGAUUUGAUUUUAUUGUUUUCAGUGCAACUAACUUAAUGAAUUUUGUGCACAAAAACAAAGUUCCUCUAGAGUAUUGUAUUGUUGAAGUAAUAUUUGGUUUGAUGUUCCAUCAACCCAAACCAAAAUAUUUAGAGGUUAUGUUUGGCUCUGUCUUCAUAGAAUUAUCUAAAUUGUCAACUAACACUAUGCCACUAGUAUUGGCUCAGACAACAGAAAUUUUAUAUUCUCGUAUAGAAUCUAUGCAUGUAUGCGCUUUUGAUAGGUACGUUGCGUCUCAUCAUUAAUUAUGCUCAUUAAUAUUUUUCCUAAUGAAAACAUAUGUGUUUAGAUUUGUAUCAUGGUUUGCAUACCAUUUGAGUAAUUUUAAAUUCAGUUGGUCUUGGCAAGAGUGGGCAGAUUGCUUGGCCUUAGAUCCAGAACAUCCGAAACCAAAAUUUGUGCGUGAGGUUCUUCAAAAAGCUAUGCGGUAUGUACAUUUAAUUUUUAUUAAUUUAUUGUUUUAAUAAAAAAUUGUUUUCAGGUUAUCAUUUUAUGAACGCAUGCGUGAUAUAGUUCCACCUGAUUUUGAACCUUUGUUACCUCAAAAGCCGGAACCAAAGUUUAAAUUUGGAGAAGACAAUACAUGUAAGGUUUUAAGUUUUGUUUAUAUAAUAUUUAAGAUAAUUAUAUUAAAUUUUUAGCUGCACCGGGUCAAUUUUUGUCAAAUACUUUACUUGUUAAGAUUCGUAACAAGAUAACCCCAGAAGAGAUAAUUGAAGUUUUAAAAGAACCAUUAAUGUUAGAAAGUGGUGAAAUUAUAGAACCAGUUGAUACUACCCUUUCAAAUCCUGUUAAAAUUGACGCUUUUGUACAAACACUAUUGUUCAUUGCCAGUAAGUCAUUUUCACAUGCAUUUGCAGCCAUAACAAAAUUCAUUAAUGUAUUCAAGGUAUGUUUUAAUGUCACUUAUUGUAGUACAAUUAAUAAAUAAAUUAAAUAUUGUAAAAUUGUGUAGGCCUUAGGAGCGACUGAUGAAGGCCAAUUGCAAAUUUUACGAAGCACUUUCGAUUUAUGGAGUGCUGAUCAGCAAAUGUUGACUGUACUUAUUGACAAGAUGUUAAAAACACAAAUUAUUGAAUGUUCAUCAGUUGCCAAUUGGAUAUUUUCCAAAGAAAUGAUUCCUGAUUUUACUAAGUAAGAUAUAAUAGUUUGAUUAUUGUAUUUUAGAUAUUUUUUUUUAUGUAUAUUACUGUUAUUAGACUAUAUAUUUGGGACAUUUUGUCAUUGACUAUUAAUAAGAUGUCCAGACACGUGGAUAGACUGACUAGAGAAUUAAACGAAGCUAGAGAAAAAUUGCGUACAACAGCAACAGCUACUAUUAAUACUUCAGAUGAUAGUGACACAGAAACAGAUAAAGCCGAAACAAAACCUUCUCGUCCUUCUACAACAACAUUUGGCGGACAAGUCCCAAUGGAUGUAGAGGACAAUGUUACUGAAGAAAUGGUUGAACGUAUGGAAGAAAAAUUAGAAAUGGCACAAGCUGAUCAAAAAAAUUUAUUUUUGAUUGUAUUUCAGGUAUAUUUAAAUUUGUUAGGGCUAUGAAAAAAUAUAUGUUUUAUGAUAAUUUUUAAUUUGUUAUUUUAGAGAUUCAUUAUGAUAUUAUCUGAACAUUUAGUAAAAUGUGAUACGGAUGGUAAACCUUUUGAUACAUAUUGGUAUAAAUACACUAUUGGACGGCUACAGCAAGUGUUUUUAGCCGUGAGUAUUUCAUUUUAUUCGUAAUCCAUAUUUUUUUCGUUUAAUGUCUGGUUUUUCAAUGAUACACUUAUUUACUAGAUAGCCUUUUUUUCGGAUUAACUCAUUUUGUAAUCUAUUGAGUGAUAAAUGUUUUUUUUUUAUACAAAUAAUUAUAUAAAAAGAAUGGUUUAAAGCUUCUUUUGCUAAAAAAAAAAAAAAGUAAUUAGUGCUGUUGGGACAUAACAAAAUGUACGUAUUUUGGAAAACUAAAAAUUGAACAGUGUAUCGGGGAAAAUAAAAAUAUUCUUGGGUAAUUUCGUUUGAUAGUUCAAUAUUUAAUCUAUCAUUAUUUACCUGUCAAUUAUAAUUUACUUUUAAAUUAAUUAAUUUAUAAAUAUAAAAAAAAAUAUUUACAUAAAGUUAAUAAAUGUAAAUACAAUUCAGUAGAAAAAGAACAUAAUAUGUUUUGUAUUUCAUUUCACAUUUUUUUAAAACUUAGUGAAUAAUACACACACACACAGUCAAAUAUCUAUGCAAUAUGGUAUAGAUUAUUGUUCUGCAGCCUUUUUUACUGUGGUGGCUCCCUCAAAGAAUAUACAGUUUUUUAUUGACUCCUAUUUAUUGUCUAUAUUUCAAAAUAGUAACCCCUAAGUAUAUUAUAUUUUUUAGACAUAUAUAAAUUGACUAUUAAAAACAAAUACUAAUUAUACAAUACUUAUGAAAAAUAAGUCACCGAUAUUGCAAUAAUAACUAUAAAUAUAUGUACAACAAAUAAUAAUUUUAAAAUAUUAAUAAUUUUUUAAUUAUGAUUUUUAAUGGCUUUGUUGUUGUUGCUUUGAUUUAUUAUAUAUAUAUAUAUAUAUUAUAUUUAUUAUUAAUAGUAAUAAUAGUAAUAGUAAUCUACACCAGUGUUUCUCAAUCUGGCGACCCAAUUUAUAUACUCUAUUAUUUAGGGUACCUAAAAGUGUAUUCCAAUCAGUAAAAAAAAUUAGGAAUUUCAAUAUUGAACCUAUUACUUUUUAUAGAUCAUAUAUUGGACAUAUAAGGUACAUAAAAUGUAUUGGUGAUUAUGUAAUCAAAUUUUAAUGUUAUGUAACAGAGAACACUAAAAUGACAAACCUAAAUCACAAUUUACAAUUACUGUUAUCAAUAUCAUUGAAAACAAAUGUGCUUAAGGAUAAAUAUUUAAACACUUUUUACAUUUAUUUUUGUUAAUUAUUAAUUUCUAUUUGAUCUUGUUUUCAGCAUCACGAACAAGUUCAGAAGUACAGCAGUACUCUGGAAGGAUUACUUUUCACUCAGGAUUUAGACAUGCAUAUACUCGAAGUAUUCCAUCAAUUCUUAGCAUUGCGUUCAUAAGUACCAUUUUAUGUUAUUAUAACAUAGUACUAUAAUAAUUAUUACAGUUUAAUUAAAUCCUUAUUUCUUUUAUUCAUAAUUAAUAAUAAUUCAUAUUUUUAUAAUAUCACGACAAUAGUUGAGCGAAAAAAUACCGUUUUUUAUUAUAAUUCUAUAUGUAAUAAUUAUAUAAAAUUAUUUUCUCCAUAAAAUUUUUAUGUAUAAUAAAUUUUAUACAAAAUAUUGGUAAUAUUCAUUAGUUUAUGAUUUAUACAUUGCCAAAAAUUCAUUGACAUCGUCUUUAGAACCCAUAAAUACUGGAGUUCUCUGGUGCAACGCUGUAGGCUGUAUGUCUAAAAUAGGUAUUUUGCCGUUACUCGCCACACCACCUGCUUCUUCCAUGAUAUAUGCCAUUGGGUUUCCUUCGUACAAUAGACGCAACUGUUAAACAUUAAAAUAGAUGUUUAUUGAUUACACAAUGAUAAAAAUGGCCUCGAGCAAUACACAAUUGACAGUGUUAUUAGUAGUAGUACCUUGCCAUUUGGCGAUAGUUUUGUAGCUGGGUACAUAAAUAUACCUCCAUAUUUCAGAGUACGGUGCACAUCUGCAACCAUAGAACCAAUGUACCUGGCACCGUAUGGUUUUCCAAACUAAAAAAAAUUCAAAAUAAAGUUUGUUAUAUAGGUGAACAAUCAGUACAUUGUUGGAACAAAGGCAAUUACCGCAGGAUCUUUUUUCCUUCUAAUGUAUUCAGACACAGUGUCAUCCCAUAUAUAGGAAUACCCUUCAUUUAUGCUGUAGAUGUUUCCUUUUGUAGGUAUCUGUAUGUUGCUUUCAGUUAAUAAAAACUCUCCAAUUGCCUAU